AUGGAAUCUCCACAGAUACCAGCCAGAAGGACUUUCGAGCCAAAUGCGUCAUUGGUACUCGUAGGCAUUCGCGGGUCCGGGAAGCGCUCGCUCGGGUUCCUCGCGGCCACGGCGCUUAAGCGACGGUUUAUCACCGAGGAACACUAUUUCAAGGAGGUGACUGGGGUUUCGCGACUGGAAUAUCUGAAAGUCCAUGGCAACCAGCAGUUUCAUUCUCGGUAUAUUGACGUCCUGCAGUCAAUGUUGGACAACCAUCGCACGGACUGCGUUAUCGAAUGUGGACUAGGCAGUUUCACCCGAAUCGUACAGGACCGGCUCCGGGAGUACUCCAAAAAAAAUCCAAUUAUACACCUGGUACGCGACAUAGAUGAGAUUCAGCAGCAAAUGCCUGGGAUGGACGAACAGUCUGUUGAUCUUCUCCGGAAGGGAGAUCCGUUACAUCGAACCUGUUCGGAUUUCGAAUUUUACAACCUGAAGGACCGGUCUCGCGUGAAUGGCGACGAUGGGAGUGCUGAACCACGAUCUGCAGCUGCUUCGUUCAAGCUCCAAGAGGUGAAAGAAGACUUGGCUCGGUUCGUUCGGUUUGUUCUUGGGGUCGACGUGAAUCACUCGAGCUACGCUUCACCGUUCGAGCUUCUAGAGACACCACCAGAGCUUCGUUCCUUCACACAUGCUAUUCUAGUUCGCUCUUCUGAUCUGAUCGAUGAUACUGUCAACCUCCAGGAGCUUGAAUCUGGAGGCGACGCUAUUGAGCUUUGCGUUGAUCUUUGUCAGCCAGACAUGCAUACCGUUAUCAGUAAACAAGUUGCUGUCUUACGUCGAAAUGCCCGAAUUCCCGUCAUCUUGUCCGUCGACACUUCUUCGACCAGUCUAAACAGGACCGACCUGACUGCUUUCUAUAUUGGCAUUCUCGAGCAUGGACUUCGCCUAGCGGUAGAGUAUCUGGUCGUGGAUCUUGGACAGGAUGAUUUUCACUUGGAGAAGGUAAUCCGCUCUAGAGGCCACACCAAGAUCAUUGGGCAAAGAAUUUUCGAAUCAUCCUCCCGAUUCAGUUGGAAUAGUGAAGAAUGCUUGGACGUUUACAGCAGAGCGGAGAAGCUUGGCUGCCAAAUUGUGCGGCUUCUUCGCGUCGCUAAAAGUCGUGAUGAGAAUACGGCUGUGGUCGAAUUUACUAGCAAAAUCCGAGCUCUACCUGGCAACCACCCUCCCCUUAUCGCUUAUAACAUUGGCCCCCUUGGACGCACAUCUCAAGUCUUCAAUUCUAUCUUGACCAAUGUGACGCACAAAGCUAUUACCAGGCAGGCCAUCAGCGAAUGCGAUCCUCAAAUCACAUCUCAGGAUGCCAUUAAAGCUCUCUUCCAAAGCUAUGUCCUCGACCCUCUCCAUUUCUACAUUCUUGGAGCAAAUGUGACCUACAGUUUGUCACCUUUCAUGCACAACGGAGCAUAUCAAGCCUGUGGCAUGGGCCAUAAAUAUCGCAUUCCUGAAUCACCCUCCCUCGCCGUCCUGGACGAAUUCCGUCGAGAUCCGAAUUUCGGCGGUUCCAGUGUCGUUCAGCCCUGGCGUGUGGAGCUCUAUCACAAACUCGCCGCAAAAAGUCGGCACGCAGAGGCCAUUGGGGCAAUCAAUACAAUCAUGCCCUUACGUGGAACGCCCGAAGGCGAGAUGUAUUCCCUGCAAGAGCAAGCCAAUCGUCGCAACCAGGCCGGCCCAGUCUUGGGCUGGUAUGGCGAAAACACAGACUGGAUCGGGAUCAUGACCUGCCUCAAUCGCCACCUCUCUCCGCGGAAUGCCAUCAGCGCCAAAACUACAGGCUUGGUGAUUGGUGCUGGUGGCAUGGCCCGCUCGGCCAUCUAUGCCAUGCUGCGGCUUGGCUGUCGCAAGAUCUUCAUUUAUAACCGGACUCUUUCGCGGGCGCAGGAUGUUGCGAAUCAUUUUAAUUCUUGGGCAUCGUCUCAGGUUGCCUCGGCAGAGGUGGUGCGAGUUCUUCGUUCCACGCAGGAUGACUGGCCGGAAGAUGCCAGCCCGCCCACGCUCGUCGUAUCUGGCGUUCCUGCUGACCCCGACCGUGAAGAGCCGCCGGCGAACUUUGAGAUGCCAUUACCCUGGCUUGGAAGUCCGACCGGCGGUGUCAUAAUUGAGCUCGCAUAUAAACCGUUAGAUACGUCGUUGCUGCAGCAAAUGCGCCGCUUCCGGAACUCCACUGGCCGCUCGUGGGCUCUGUCGGAUGGCUUGGAGAAUGUUAUUGAGCAAGGUAUUGCACAGUUCGAGCUCAUGACCGGUCGGAAAGCUCCUCGGCGCUUAAUGGCUCUGGAAGUAUUGCGCAACUACGAGGAUGAAAACGGGCGCUUGAACGAAAAGACCAUACAGGCCCGGUUGGAUGGUGUAUUCUCAUGA